UCCAUUUUCCACUCCAGCUACCGAACUCAAUUCAUAGACAGAAAAGCUCCGAACUUCCAAGAAUUACUGAAAGAACACGACGAUUUCUCCGAAUUUUGUCGUAGGAUUUGAUUCAGUACGUUUCAGGAAGAGAAUAUAGUUUCUGGGAUUUGAAAGAAAUUUGGAGAAAACGAGGGGCGUUGAAUAGAAUUUGAGGUGGAAUGGGUCAGGCAUUACGUCGAGCAACUGGAAGGAUCGGCAGCUCCAGAGUCGAUACAAGUACAACGUCGCAGCUCGGUAAACCCAUUGAACGGAGGUCGUCGGCUCCUCCUGCUCCGGCGGGUGUUCCCGUUGAAAAACUCCCUAGUGAGGAUGCCGCUGCUGGCUCUGAGGGUGCAUCGGUAGUAAACGCAGUCCUUGAGGAUCGUGAUCCUCAAUAUGAUGCUAUGCUUAGCCAAAUGGUGGGUAGGAUUCGAUCAAAGCCUGGAGGGAAGCUUGAGAUGGGUGAGGCCUCUGUGGUUGAAAAGUACAAACGGCCGUUGCCCAAAGUCAGGAAUACAACACCAGAAUCUGGCAGAUAUGAGCAGCGGCCUGUUCCCCCUGGGACGCUGAAUGUAGCACAGGUACGCCAAAUUAUCCUCCUCCAUCAAGGAAAAUCCGAUGACCAUGAUGGUCCCAUGGAUGUUCCGCAAAUUGCAGAAAGGUUCCGGAUCGAUGCUGCACAGGUUCAAAAUAUCCUCAAGUUUGUGGCUCUGCCACCAGAGGAUGAUAGUAAAAGGAAAAACAAUCAAGAAUGACACUGUCCACUUUUGAGUGAGCAAGCUAACAAUGAAGUCUUUUCACUGAGGAAUAGAUCUUGUAGAAAUGAGAAUUAUGUUUACCUAGAUGAUUUUCUAAGAGAACUAUGUUAUCUGUACUCAUCUUUCAGUUCUACUCGUAUGAGUCUUGAGUUGAACAUUGGAGGGCCAUUUUUGAACGUUUGAGGCAUUUUCACUGCUUUGCUCAUA